AUGGGCCCUCACCAAUGGAAAGGAGAGGUACCAUCGGCACCCCGCUGUCCCUCCACGGGGAAACGCGGGAUACCGACACAAUACAACAGCCUGCCAAACAUCAUCGAAGCGUCACCUACCCCAUCGCAAGGACCAGCGGUAGACACCCCUCCGGAGAAACGUCGCCGAGGUGAAAGGAAUGCCUCUAGCCAGGGCGAACGAGGGCGCCCGCAGGAGCAGGUGGUGACUGUUGAUACUCCAGUGAAGGCGGCAAGGUUAUCGCCAGGGAGAAAGGCCCAGAAAAAUGGGUUGGUUGGGGAGACGGAAGAGCGAAUGAGCGCCGCGGAUUUGGCGGCGAAGAAGGUGCUGCUACCGUUUAUCAACGAGCUGACCUUCAUCGAGAUUGCACUCGCUGCGGCUAGUGCCGCUGGACCCCCGGAUACUUCUGGAACAACGCCGCGCUCCCGUGUUGGGCCUGCGUUCUGCGAGAGUCCCCUGGGGAAGCGAGGAAGGGGGUGCAGCGACGAUGACGGCAGCAGCAUCGCGAGCAAUAACCAAGAAUCGGCAAUGGCCGGAGGGGGCGGAAAGCACCAGCACGGUGAAGUUAGAGGGCCUUCUCAACAACCACCCAUGGUAACAUCCUCCGUCUUGAACAGCAGUUGCAAGGCGCAAUUGCCCCGCAUACCCGGAGCUACCUCUCCUGUCAGCCUCAACGGCGGGAACCAUGGUGGCGGCGUCAGCGUGGCGAGCUUCGAGAAAUCGGGGGGGUUGAGAUGCUCUCUUGGCAAUCCCGACGUUGCUCGAGUGCUCCGCAAGUGGGUGAUUAUUUCGCGGACACCUGUCCGCAACGGUGAAGUGCUUCCUCGAGGGUUUGAAAAGGGUAGCCAAAUAUCUGGGAGUCUUUUCGUUUUGCGACAAGGAAAGUGGUACCCCCAAUUCUGCGAUUUCGUGGGUCUGACUCUAAAAGCUGUUAGAUUGGAGGGACUUGCCCCAAGAUACCACCCCCCGGCGUGGACACUCGGGCUGUGCGAAGCGGUGCUCGACGAGUGUUGGAAGUGCGACGCCCAAACAGGAGCAGGGGGCGCCAGGGCUCUGCGGAACACUAGACGCGCCGCUGCUGGACUGGAGGCGAGACUGGCGGCCUGCACGACCGAGGUUGACAAGUGGUGUCUGGCGCAAGCCAAGGAUCUUGAAAUUCGAGCAGAGGGCGAGCGAGACGACAACUGCGAGGAGAGAAAGAAGAGGAGACAACGCCGGAGACGACAGAACCUGCACCAUGACACGCCAACAGAUGGAGGAGGAAUCACAAUGCCAGGCGAGGCGUCCCUUGAAGCUGCGUCUAGCUUGCGGUUACCCGAGUUUGUGGCUACCUUUCUGUCGGAGAGAUUCGGUGUAAAGGCGGUGACUCUUCAGGCCGCCGUCGAUCUUUUGUUCGGGCUGGAGACUCUCCGCCCGUCGUUCCCCGAGCUGGAGCACUUCUCGCUCUUGUUGAGAGAGCUGCACGACAUGGGAGCUCUCGCCUUAGCUUUGCACGCCAGGGAAGUCGUUUCGCGUCUUGGGGGGCUUCGACUUCGAGACGUCAAGCGCAGGCUAGCCCAGCCGAAUUCGAGACAUCCGUUGCGCAACGAGGUGGUUGUGUCGCCCCAUCCCGCUCUCCCGAUGGCGGCGGCACAAGUGUGGCUCACGCGAAAAGGAGGCAUCGCCUUGGCGUUCUUGUUGCUGGGGGGAGGGUCACGUGGGGUCCCUCGUUCGAAAAUUGCAGGAAUCGUCAAGGACGCGCGACACGUGGUUUCGUCGACCAGGGCAGCCUGGGGAAGGUCCCCGCAAGACGAGACACAACAGCAAGAAAUUCCAUCUGCGUCGUCGAAACGCACCUGGAUGGAGCAGACUGGCUCUACUACGCAGUCAGGAAAAAACGUUGAAAACAACCAUCCGGCAGAGUCGACCACGGACCAAGGGCAUACAGCAGAGAGUGGCAGCUGCAUGGACCUCAAGCUGCGGAAUACUGCCCAUGGUAGUACCGGUGCCCCUUGUAUCCCUCUCUACGGUCUGCUGUUUUUUCUGUGCGAGCUUCACAUGAAGACUCCCGAAGAAAUAAUGGAAAAGAGCAAGGCUGCGGACAACGGGGGCGGCUUGGGAAUGCUCGCGACGCUGGCUCGAGCGGCAGAGCAGGAGGACCGUAGAGAAGAGCUGUCCAUGCAGCUGGCGGAGGAAACACGGACUCUGGACGUGCUAGGGGCAGAGGUGCUCCGCUUGGAGGGACGCACACGGGCACUGGAAGAAGCUGCCGCUGCUGCUGCUGCUGCUGCGGGAUAUGAAGGAGAGGCACAAGGGGGCGCGUCAGUGAUCGAUGGGCUCUCUCAAGUGCGUGUCGUAUUGGCGCUCAAAAGCGCUGCUGCGAGGAGGCAGCGCGACACCGUCAAGACGAUGACUUCCGAGGUGCGCCUUGCCGACGUCCAAGUCGCGGCUUCCUGGCAUGACGUCAUGUCCCCCCUGUCUCCUCCUUCCGAUGGCGAAGCCGUCAUCAGCACGGAAGCCCCGAUAUUCAGCGGUGGCUCUACCGUUUCUUCGGCAUCGACAACGGCGACAGGCGUGGCGGGGCGCAUUGCGACGUCUACGAAUGCUCCUGGCGGGGGGAUACGUCGUCCAAACGAUAAGGGCGAAGACUCAUCAGCAGCAGCGAAGGCGGGGGAGACAAUGAGGUUCCAGAUCGAGGCUGGCGACGGUCUUUCCAAGGCCGAUGCUGCAGAUCUCACAUGUAUUCUCCGAAAGGCUAGGGAUGUCGAGGACGGCAAAGGGGCCACUUCCAUUGUUUCUUUUGGGAUGAAAGUGCCGGGAUCAACACCGCUAGACGUAAAGCCCGGCCUGGCUGCACGGAAAGUGCUCCGCACGCUCAGGAUGUACGUCACGAGGCUUCGAGUGACCAGCGACAACGAGGCAAAGGCAGAGGAGCUGGCGGCGACUAUCAUCAUCCAGCGGUGGGCGCGAAGGGUCCGACACGACACGACCAUGAUCUUCCUUGCCAAACAGAAGGUGCUUAUGCUGCAGGAAAGGACAGCGCGCUGCCUGACACCGAAACUCUGACUUUAGUGUUGUUCUGGCAGUUCGUAGAAUGCGGGACAAGAGGGGUUAUGCUGCUGCUGUAGUCGAUUUGUAGUGUGUGGGCGUGUAGUUCAGUUGUGAGCACGCAAACGUGCUGCAGGGAUUGCAGGUGUUCCUCCUCGGGCUUGCGUACCCUUUCCUUGCUAAUAGUGUGUGUGUUCUUUAGAUCCUCUGAUGGCUCUAGCAUUUUUGUGACCACGGACCGAGUCUUUGCUAGAUUUUGGGAUCAGCAACUGACACGAGUUUAAUGUGAAGAAUCAC